AUGCCACCACUCACCUCAAGCAACAAUGUUUCAGAUCAUUUUUUCAUAUCAGAUGUGCAACAACUUCAAGGUGUAGACUCUCCAAGAAAGUUGUUUGACUGUCUAAAAAAGGGGAAGUUUAUUGGUCAAUACAAUAUAUUAUAUAUCCAGCAAAUCGUUCGUGUUCUGGAAAGAGAAGAUCUUGUCGGAAUAUUGAAUAAAUAUGUGGAAGUGUUGGGGGAGGAUAAAGUUCUUCAUUUUAUUGAAAAAUCGAAAGAAACUGUAAACGGCUAUAGUCAGAUCGAGUUUCAUAUCAAAGGUCACGGGAUUUCAGAUCCAACAGAAAUUGAAACAUUUCGGAUAGAAGUAUCUAGGUUACUGCUUUGUCCUCUCCAUGAAGUCAUUAUUAAUGGCAUACAAGCAACGAACAGCACCGUCUUAACAAUCAUGAUUCCAACAAUGUAUGCAACUUUCCUCGUAAAACAAUUGGAAAAAUACAGUCAUCGCAUCAUUAGCUCAGUCAUGGCAAUAAACGUGGACACAAUCACCGUCAAUAAUGAUAAGUUUGAAAUGCUGAUCGAAGGAAAAAUCUAUAAAGCCAAGAAAGAAAGACGUGAACAUGGACCAAUUCAACUUGCUGAACAGGACUGUGCACCUAGGCGAAAUGGUAACAAGCAACAAACAACAAAUGCGCAGGCACUACUUAAAAAUGAAAGAAAGAGGUCUAUUAUUGAAACAAGAAGUCAUGCAAAACAUGAUAGACAAGUAAAACAAUUGUCUCCACCCAGAAAUGUUUUGAACGUCGUCUAACAGCUACUAGAUGUUUGACAAAAAUUCUUUUUCUAUUGAAAAUGUAACAUAUUUUGAAAGUAAAACUUUUACACACCUCUGAUAGACAGUUUCAUAACAUUGCAACAGGACAUUUUUAUGUUUUGAUCAAGCAUACAAUGUAAUGAUUUAGCUUAUCCCAGCCAAUAUACCUUAUAUGUUGCAAUAUGUACAAUAGAACGUGGUGCAAAUAAAUGCCAUAUGAUAAAAUUGUAACGGACACCACAAAAUCCGAAUUUUGAACAUGUAAAAUCGAAAAAAUUGAAAUUAUUAUUAUAAUUAUUUUGAGUAACCGAGAUGUUACUUGGGAGGUUUUAAUUAAGACUGUGUAAUUCAGUGUGUGUAUCUUCCGAUUUUUCCAAGAAGAAAAUCUCACAAGUAUCACGCCAAGGGGAGCAACAAUUUAUAUUUAGAUCAAGAAAGAAUCGUUUAUCUCACUUGGCAGAGGCGAAAAUAAAUGCUUUGUUAGUAUAAAAAUAUUUGAAAAUAUUGAAUGUUUAAAGUUUAUUUACACAACUAUCGAACACUCGUAAUAAGAUACAAUUUCGAAGCUUGUUAUAAAAUACGUUGAUUAGAAUACAACUAUCUCAUUAAAAUCAUAUCCUAAAAGCCGCUCCACUACCCUACGCUCGUAGCAAGAGUAACGGAGCCAAAACGAUUAUCCGAUUUUUAAUGAGAUUGAGAAUCAGCAACAUAUAGAGAAGCAACAACAAUAAUCAAUUUGAAUUGUGCUAAAUUCAACAUAAAUUGAUAUAAAUAAUAAGCAAAGUGAAACAAUGAAACGAAAUCUUAUUAUUAUAUAAUAACAUAUUUAUGAUUAAACAAAGUCUGAGGUCGAGUUAUCUUUUUCUAAUGUCAGAAAAACUACAUAAUGCUGAGAACAUAAAUCUUUAAUCGUUAUAUAUUGUACCGCUAGGACACAUGUUGAUCUUCUGCAAGAAAACUACGCCAUGAUAAAACCAACCAGGCUUUCAUAUAUUUUAAUUGUCACCACGCCUUUUUUGCGGACUCACGAAGUCAAAAAAUCAGAACAGCACUUAUUAUGAAAUGUAAACGAUAUUCAAUCAUUCAUCUGCUUUGACAACUGCCUGAUAACUAUUUUUUAUCAUCUUAGUAACUAAUUUUUGACGAAGAAUGCUUCUUUUAUGUGUGAGAACCAAGUAAUGAAUUUAUAAUAUCUUUUGAAUUUUUAAACAAGGUAAUUCAUGAAAAAUGCACAUAAAACAUUUUAGAAUUUAUAUUUUGCAAAUAAAUUUAUCAGAAAUAAAAUAACUUUUAUGUCAUCGAAAGAAAACACUCCUCGCCUGAUGUAACAUGAUGCAAUGCCAUAUAGCAUGAAUUAACUAUUGCUCAAGUCACAUUUAACUACAAUAUAUAUAAAAGGUGCAGUUAAAAUAAAAAAUGUCUAAAUGUGAAAAUUCUGUGUGCGAAUAUGAAAAAACGGUUUGAUAAAUAGACAGACCACUGGAUUUAUUGAUGUAAAUUUAGAAUCAGUGAAAAAGUUUAACACUAAAGAAAAGGGAGAAAAAACAGUUCGAGCUUCGAAUGGAAAUAAGAAACGUCUAAAAAAAUGAGAACAGAAAAGAUCUAUUUAAUAUAAAUUUGAAUAUGUUUUUGAAAUCUUCAUCAAUUAACUUUGUAAAUCUUUUUUGUAUCCUACAAAUAUAUUGCAAAUUACCAACUUCAUGCAUCAAAGGAUCUUUUUUUGCGUCCUUUAAUGGUCUUAUUUUCUAUAAUUGUUCGCGCAUUGUAAAUCAUGUGAAAAAAAGGUUAUUUUUCGUCAUGAAAAAAAUAAAAUAUUAAAAGGAACUCUAAAAGAUAGUGAAAAGAAAGAUGAUGACAGAAAUUUCAAUUAUUAAAUCUGCUCAGAUUUGAAAUUCUUUAAAAUGAAAUCUAACAGUACUUACAAUUUAUUGUCAUAAUCAUUGUUAACAUAUUAAAUAUAAAAAUAACGUAGACGCAACCCCUAUGAACAGAUAAAAGAAAUAACAUGUUACAGACCGAUACGGGACACCAAGAAACAAUCAAUUAAACAGUACAAAAACACGGUAC